CUAUAUAGGCGGUCGCCUUGCCGAUGUGCCGACGCCACUGCCGCGCCGCAACGGCACUACAACGGCAGUCGCCCGUCAGCAUUCGAACCGAUACAACGUGCGCGCGUGUGUUCGCGUCGUUGCGAGUCGUGUAUGCGUUCUCUUUAGCCGGGUUUUAAAUCGUUCGUUAUUAUUAUUAUUUUCAAACGUUUUUACAUUUUAAAAGUGUUUUUUACUUAUUUGUGAUUUUUGUUUCGAACCAAUGACGAGAGGUUUUUUACUGUCACCGUUGAUUGAUCUUUUUUAUUGAGACAUUUUUCUACCUGGUUCCUCCGCGACCAGUUCGAGCAACAGUUAACCUUCUUCAUGGGACUGUCCAAAAAAAUGGAAUGGCUGAAAUGGAUACGAAAAUAUUCUACAGGUAUCCUGGACACGAAAACUGGUAGCAUGGAAACGUUAAUUGAUUCGGCCAGUUCGAAGACCAUCAAUUACGCUUAUACCUCCUCGGUAAUUGCUGACGAUGAAUUCAUUAACGCCGCCGCACCCCCACACCAGCGUCCGAUGUUGCCGCCGCCACCACCUACUUCACAAGUUUCGCCGUCGCCGCCACAGCUACCUAACGACGUAUACGACUGCUGCGUGUCUCUCGACGGAAUACCCAUCAAACACGAGUUUCAAUACACCUUCUCCGACACCGACGGUCAUGGAAAAAUCACCAAACACGAUGUCGAAGGACUGGCUACGAAAAUACUUGAGUCCAUGUACGGUACAACGUUGAAAUUCUCGUCGCGGGGCCAGCGAACAGUCAAAGUGACGCUCAACAUCAGACAAUCGGUGGCGGUGGUCGUGGACGGCACGACGUCGGGGACGCCGUACCGUGGCCACCAGAGCAGUCGUGAGCGCAAGACCAAGUCGGACAGACAUCGUAGCAGGGCUGAUGCUACCGCAUACGGGGUUAUCGACGAUGGGACACUAUUAGAGCAACCAGACUAUCCGUCUGUUUACGAUGGUGGCAAGGGGUCCUGGCUGCCACACCACAGAAGUGCCAAGCUGGGAGCACAGCGGUACAGACGCGAACAACUGAUCGAAAUGGUGCAGAGGAGUCUGGCAGAAAACUUGAGUUUCCAAAAUCAAAGGAAAUCCGAAAAGCCGGAGGAGGUCGUUUAUCACAGACCGCGGACGAAGCGUCGCCAGACCGGAGCACUGCCGGCCAAGGUGGCGUGGAGCCCGUACGACUUCGAACCGGUGGCACAUGUGCCUUCGUACCAACACCACCACCACCGACAGCACGAACACCUCAAGAACGUCAGAAACAAGCAGCAGCAGUUGUACAGUAACGAUGUAACGGCCGAGGAUCACGGGAUCAAGUAUUCGUCGGGUCACUCUCGACCACACCACCGGGCCACCGCGGUAGUCAGCGGUAACAAACUACAACAGUCGAAGGACGCGGCCGCGGCCACUACCACUACCGCAGCAGCCGCCGCCGCCGCUCAAGAGCAGACCAAAAACAUCGAUCAUCAGCGGUACAAACGCGCCAAAUUGGCGUCCAAGAAGAUUCAUCAUCACAUACACGAACACCAUCAUUAUCAUCACUACGACUAUUACAUCGUCUGAUGACGCAGCCGAAGAGUGUGUCUGUGUGUGUGAGAGAGAGAAAGAGAACAACGAAAAAACCGUUUAAUUCCUUUUCAUCGUGUAAAUAUUAAUUGUCACAGCAUUAUCAUCAUAACAUUAUUUGGUAUACACUUAUACGUGUGUACAUACAUUACGUGUUUGUAUUUUUUACGAGCAUAUUUGCUGCACUGGACCAGCCGGGUCGGCGACAUCGACAUAAAGCUUUUUUCCCAAAAAAUAUCAAUUCCUUUUUUCCCUAUCCAAUCGACAAAUAGCUAUAAAAAAACAAUACAAAACAAAUCCAUUAAAACAUUUAUUUUCGGUUGUACGCCGGCGUUUAUAUAUAUAUUAUAUAUACACGCACAGUGCCAACUAUAAUUUAUUAUUAUUAUCAUUAUUAUUAUUAUUAUUAUUAUUAUUAUAUUAUUAUUAUGAUUUUUUUUUUAAAAUGCAUUUGUUUUAUGUGCGCCUAUAUUAGGAUUUCGAUUAUGAUAUGUGUGAGCAGCAAAGUUUGAUAUGUGUAUCAUUCAAAUAUUUUAACUAUUUCAAUAAUUUUAUUUUAGUGAUUUCUGUAAGCACGGACUUUUUACCUCUUUUCCCCAACACAAAAUAAACAAAAACACGCAAUCAAACUUUGAGCCACAUACACAUAAUCAUCUGAAGUAUUUGUGAAUGUGUUUAACAGCCCAAUAGUUCCUUUUUUUGUAUGUGUACUAUUUUUAUUGUAUUUUUUUUUUCAUAAGAUUUAAGUUUUAAAUGACAUCAAUUGUAAAAACGUCAAAUUAAUGUAAUGCGAAUAAAGACUCGACAUUUCUUUUCAUAUUACAUCGUACAAUAAUACCUGCCGUCGCUGCAACACCUGCCGCAGGGCUGCAGUUUUUUAUUAUUUUUUUAACUAUUAACGAUUAUAAUAUCAUUAAUUGUGCAGGUAUGCAAUAAUAUGAUAAUAUUCUCCAUGCACUCGCUGUAAAUCGAUAUGGCUAAUAUACGAAUUGUAUGCAAAAAAAUAACAAAAAAACCUACUGAAUUUCAAUUUGACUUGUGUAAAUUACCACUGUCAUGUGUAUUAUAGUGUUUUCACUAUCCAUUGUUCAACCAUGAUAUUAUUAUAUUAUAUUAAAAUCCGCCAAACAGUAAA